GGGACGCAGUGACGUCCAAACAGCGCGUCCAGGUCAGCCGGUACUCCGGUGCCAAUGCUGGUCUCUUGGUUGUGACCGGUGCUCCAGGGUCGUGAAGAUGUUAACGUGAGGGGAAAUGGGGUGACAGUGUAGCAGAAGUCGCCAGAAGUCCCUGUGCUGUCUUUGCAGCUUAAAAAAAAAAAAAUUCUAAAACAAUCUGAAAAUAAAGUUUGAAAGACGAGGGGUAAGCGUCUGGUCUGAGUGGGGGAGGUCAGGGAAGGGCCCCACAGAACGCUGCUUCUGUGUCAGGGCUUGAUGGUGGACUGAGGCCAACCUUGCGUGGGGCGGGGGGUGGGGGAGGUGAACAGGGGCAGAGGCACCCAGCCCACCUGCUGAGGGCGGUGCCCCCUGGUCACUCCUCCUCUGCUUUCCGUCACUGGGAACCUGACCACUUCAGGUGUCUCACGGAAGGUGGAGCGGCACGGUGUUUGUAUUUUUGUGACUGGCUUAGCGCACGUAGCGCUGUGAGCAUCCAGCCCACUCUCUUCGUCCGGUCACCUCCCCGCAGACCCUUGGGUUGCUUCCGCCUUUUGGUCGUUGUGAAUAAUGCUUCUGUGAACAGGGAUGUUCGAAUGUCUCUCUGAGAUCUUGGGUCUCCACCCAGAAGUGGGAUGGCUGGAUCAUAUGGUAGUUCUAUUUUUAAUUUCUUGAGGGAUCUCCAUACCGGUUUCCAAAGCGGCUGCGUUCUUUUACCUUCCCACGAGCCGCGGGGAGAGGCCGGGGAUCCUUCUCGACACCACCCGACGCCCAGGCCCGCCCCCCACCACAAGGAGCGAUCUGGCCCCAAAUGUCAGCAGUGCUAAGGCGGAGAACCCUGGACGUGAGCGAGAGAGGAGCGGAGGGAGACCCAGACUGAGUUUGCAGGGGCGGAGCUGGGCCCGUCCAGGCGUGCUGCCAUGAACGUUGUGAGGAGCAUGUCCUAGAAGAAGAAGAAGCACAAUCAUUGCCGCGGUGGAAGGGACCCCAGGAAGGGACCCGCGGGAAGUGCCUUUCUUGCGUUAUCUUCUUUAAACCCGCACCACCGUGAGGGUGGCCGAGAAUGUGUUGAAAGCGGGCCGCCCGCAGUAGGUCCUCAGGAACCCGAGCUCGCUUUCCUUGCCCAUCACAGACUCACGGCCUGCAGACUGGGACCCUGCUCCCCCGUGUACUUUGUCCUUCCGUAAGCGAGGCACAAACACCGGUGGUCAGGCCAGCAGAUAAGGCAGCCGAACACACACAGCCCCUCCCGGCGGAACUUGUGUGGCCCGUGGUUGUGAGCGACGGGGUGGGGUUACCUGGCAACCGGGCCCACCGCCAGUUCUGCCCACCGCCAGCACCCCCACCCCGGCCACCAGGAGACUUGCUUCUGUGUGGGCUUCCCGGCUUCGCACCCAAGGCAGGGCACGCUGGGCAGAGGAGAGGGUGUUGUUCCUUUGUGGUUCCAUAAUCAAAGAGACACCAGGCCAGGCCCUGAACACGAUUGACUGGGUUUGGGGAAAGAACGACGAAAAUGUAUUAUUACUGUAGCAAUCGUGGUUGUAUUAUUGAGUACCUGCUAUGUGCUUGGUAUCUCGCUCAUGAUUCUUUUGUUCGUCUGUAUAGAGGGCCUGCUGUGCGCCCGGCCAGGGCUAUUCCGGGCACAGGAGAUACAGCAGUGAGUGUGACAGGCAGAGUCUUUGCUUCCACAAAUCCUAUAUUCUGGUAAGAAGAGAGAAUAAAUAUGUGAACAAAUACAUAGCAUUUUAAGUAGUCAUAGGUAUUUUUGAAGAAACAUGGCAGGGGGAGGUGAGGCACAGUAGAAUCAGGGUGUCAUUUCCUGGGGUCAGGGAGAAUAUUGGAACAGAGCCUUGAAUUAGGGGACCCAGUUGUGAAGACAUUUAGGGGAAAGUGUGUGUGUGCAAUGGGCGGGUACAGCAUGGGCAAAGGCCCUGUGGCAGGAGCAGGAGUGGCAGGUUUAAGCAACUGCAAGGAAGCCAGUGGGGUUGGAACAGAAUGGGUGAGAAAGAAGGUGGUGAGAGCCAAGACCAGAGAGAGUGGGGGUGGGCAGGUCACGGAGGGUCUUGCAGGCAAUUACCAGGGCUUUGGGUUUUCUUCUCGGUGAGAAAGGAGUCAGUCGUUGGAGGGUUUUGAGUAGAGGAGGGACACAAUCUGACUUUGGCUUUACAAAGCAUCCCUCAGGGGCGCCUGGGUGGCUCAAUUGGUUAAGCGUCUGACUUCAGCUCAGGUCGUGAUCUCACUGUUGGUGAGUUCGGGCCCCGCGUCAGGCUCUUUGCUAACAGCCCGGAGCCUGGAGCCUGCUUUGGAUUCUGUGUCUCCCUCUCUUUCUACCCCUCCCCCGCUCGUCCUCUCUGCUCUCUCUCUCUCUCAAAGAAAGACAUUAAAAAGUUUUUUUAAAAACGCAUCCCUCAGCUGCUAGAUGGAGAAUCGUCUAAAACUCUGAUCUGACGAUUGUUAGCCAUGUAUGGCCAUUUAAAUUUAACUGGGCACCUGUAAAGUUGCAAACUGAGUUCCUCAGUCAUGGUUGCCACCUUUCAGGCACUCGCUAGCCGGUGCGGAUAGCGAGCAUUUCCGCCAUCCCAGUAAGCCCUCUCGGGUGGUGCCGUCUGAGGGAGGCCAGUGUGCCCGACAGUCCAGGCAAGAGGUGAGGCUGACACUCGGCCUCUUGGUCUCACGGGCAGAGGCUGACUUGCCCGUGGAUCGGACGUAAGAGUGCAGAGUGGGCAAAAAGCCAAGGGCCGCUGGGUGAUUGCUGGCUGGAGAGGCCGUCACCUCGUAGCUCACCUGACUGAGCACAUGAUGUGCGCCAGGCAUAGGCCGAGCGCCGUCCGGGCCUCCUGGAACCCCCAUACCAGUCCCGUGUUACAGCAGAGCCAGUGGGGCCCCCGCGGAAGGGUGUGAGCUGCAAGGCCAGCCUGCUCAGGGUCCAAGCACCAGGAUUCCAACCCCGGUCUUCUCGCUCUGUUCACAGGGCACGCCUCAUGGCACUUCUCUCGGAAGCCAUCCAUGAGGUGCCAGACCCUCCCGCCCCCAAGCGAAUUCAUCAGGGACCAGCCUGUAGUGCUGGCCAUUCUCGGCUCUUGGGCCCGGGCGGUGGCCCCGUGAGAGUGGGUCACGUGGUGAAGCAGGGCUGCUGGGAUGUCCGCCCCUUCCCAGCGACGCCCUGCCCGGUCUCGGGCAGACUAGCCCAGCUGGCCUUCUGGGAACCCUGCGUGGCUCACUCCUCAGUCCGGGGCCAACUCUGCGAGCGCCAAAGGGCUCCAAGUUCAUAUCUCACAACAGUUUUGUGAGGGAGGUGGGCAUUUCCCCCAUUUUCCAAAUGUGGAAACAGGCUCAGAGAGGUGCAGUCACUUGCUCGAAGUCACACAGCCGUGAUGUAGGAGGGGUGGAAUUUGAACUUAGAAAGUCCUUGCUCUUCGUCACUAGGAUCUGCGGCCUCAGGGGGAAGCACUGGCGGGCAGGGCCUCCGUGGAGAGUCACGCGGUUGUCAUUUCAGACCUUGUCACGGCCAUGGGUUGAGUGGGCUGGAAAUGCAUGUGCCCUGGCAAGGCGCUGACCCCUCCGGAGAAAAGGGCUUCUCGUUAUUUGCACAAAGAUUCCCCAGCUCGCCAGGCCAUGGCCUGAAUUGUCUAAGAGGUGGGGCUCCUUUUCUAAUUCCCACAGCCUGGCUGGCCCCCCUGCAUGGGGGACACAAGGAACUAGUGAGAACACCGUGAAGCCUGGAGGGCUGGCUGGGGAGGCAUCUUGGCUCAGUGGUCAUGAGUUUGUGUCUUGGAGCCCACAGUGCUGGGUUCAAAUCUCGGCAUGGCCUCUUUUGCCUCUGUGAUUCACGCAGCUCGUGAAUUUCUAUAAGCUGCAGUUUCCUUUGUGUUGUUAUACAGGGAAUGUUGGUAAUAAUAACAUCCUCCAUCUGGUAGGGCAGCCCCUUUCCGUGCGUCUGGCUGCAUCUGCCCCGCUGCAAGUUUUUUGGAGAUUCAGACUCUCAGACCCUACCCUCCUGCACUAUAGUCUGGAUUUUGACAAAACUCUCCAGGCAGCCCGUCGGCACAUUCAACGCGAGAGGCCGUGGUGUGGACUGAACAAGGUGAUUCAGGCACCGGCGAGCACAGGUAGUACGCUCCUCUGGGCGGGCACCUUCUGUCUCCUUGGUAGCUGUGUAGUCUUGAGCUGCCGGCCACGUACUCUGAACUCUCGUUAUCACAGUGCUUGGUGGUGCACAGAUGAGGCACCCUGGAAAACAGAUCGAUGCCUGGAAAAGCUUCCAGGUGAGUCGAUGCUAUCUGACCGUUUACUGCACCUUGAAGAGCCAGGCUUCCAGGGCAGACCACAAGCUGGAGACCGGUGCUGCUGCCCUGCCUUGAGGGCAGAGCUCCACGUCGUGCACUGGAAGAACCGCAUACCCCCAAGCCCAUGGCCCGAGGGCCAGCCACAUGGUCAGCCAGCCUCUCCUUGCAGUUUUAGGGCAGAUCGAUAUACGGUUUGAAGGAGCCCCGGGCUGGGGGGUAGAGGAGCAGGCGGCUCUCACAUCUCGCCGGAGCCCAGGUUUCGAUUGGCUGAGUAAAUCUCCCAGGGGAGGAAAGAACACAGAGCUCACACAGGCGAGGGUGCAGGUUGGCUCGAGAGGGGCCGCGAGUACAGAUGUGUUUGCAGUGGGCCUUCGUCAGUGUUGCCCUCUGCACACCACCCCCCCGCCUUAAGUCACCUUCCUUGGGAGAGCUCUCCUAAGACAUGUUCAUGAAGACUUCCACAGGGCAAGCCUUUUAAAAGUGCGCGUGUGUAUCUUUGCAUGUGCGUGUUAUACAUCUGAUGCUCUUGGAGCAGAGGUAACACCACCCCGCUGUUAGAGAAGAGUCUCAUCCCCAUGGACUGCGGUUCUGAGCCCCUUGCUGGCAUCCCCGGGGGCUCACGGGGGCCAGGGAUGACGAAGAAGAGGAAAAGGAGCAGAGCCCGCUGAAACCAGCCGCUCUUGACCGUGAGUGUAGCCGGCAGCACGGGCAUCUGUUCCAGGAGCGUCGUUCCUGGGUAGGAGCAGCAGUGGUUGGGCUGCUCAGUAUUUUACGUAAGCAAACCCUGGGCACCUGGGGGGUACAGUCGGCGAAGCGUCUGACUCUUGGUUUUGGCGCAGGUCAUGAUCUCACAGUUCGCGAGUUCAAGCCCUGUAUUGGGCUCUGUGCUGACAGCACAGAGCGUGCUUGGGAUUCUCUCUCUUCUCUCGCUGCCCCUCCCAUGCUUGCGCUCUCUCUCUCUCUCUCAAACUAAAAUAAGAAACAAACUUCAAAAAAACUUAAGGGACGCCUGGGUGACUCAGUUGGUUGAGCGUCCGACAUCAGCUCAGGUCAUAAUGUCACAAUUUGUGGGUUCGAGCCCCGCGUCGGGCUCUGUGCUGACAGCUCAGAGUCUGGAGCCUGCUUUGGAUACUGUCUCCUGCUCUCUCUGCCCCUCCCCUUCUCACGCUCGUCUCUCUCUCUCAAAAAUAAAUAAAUAUUUAAAAAAAAUAAGCCAACCCUGGUAAUUCUGAUGUCGGUGACUCUGCAGAUCACACUUGCAGAAAUUGGGCAUUGGGGUAAGAAUCAGCAAGUCGGGCACAUAAUAGGUGCUCAGUCAACACUUGACGAGUUGUAGGUCUGUGUGUAGGAAUGAAUAAAACAUAGAAGAGCUCAUGGACGAACGUGCAGAAGAAGAGUUUACGAGUGACAAUAUGCCGAAGGAGGGUGUCUGAGAAGGAGGGAACGCACGUGUGGCCGGGCGCGUGGAUGAGGUUGGGGUUCCAGGACAGUGGGGGAGGGGCAGGGCCUCCCAAGUGGGUUAAGUGAAGGGUGGUGCUCUGGUGUGUCUGGUGAGGGCCCGAAUGUUCCAAGCGGGAGCUCGAGGCGUUCUCCCCGAGGAUAGGCUGAGUUCUGGGAGCGGGGUAGAAAGGGGACCGUUAUUGUGGAAUCUAUAUAAAGUCCCUGCGGGGACCAGGGUCAGGGCAGCAGUGUGAACCUUAACCCAGAGUCUGGGCCCCGUCUGGGCCUGGAGAGAUGCCUUUGACUCCACAGCCGACCUUCCACAGGGAAGUUUGUUCUUUUGGGUGCCGUUGGGCUUACUCUGAGGACGGGAGCCUUUCUCCCUCGUCUUCACCGCGGAAACCCCUGCGCAUCCCGCGAGACCCACCGAGGAGUGCUGCCUGCGCGUGACCUUCCCCAUUCGAGGUGCGGACCACCGCAGCCCGGCUCGGGGCGCUGUGGGAAAGCGAUCGGGGCAGGGGCUAGAAACCCGUGGCCCCUUCGUCUCAGUCUCCGUCUGCGGCUCCUCCUUCUUCUGUGGCGUCACGCUGGAAAGGAGACUCCCCUGUUUCUCGCUCUUGUCUCCAGGCUCCCAAAGAAGCUCCCCAUAUGGCCGGGCCUGGGGUAGGGGCCGACCUCCGGACCAGUCACCGUGGCUACCAGGCGGCAUCCCAUGGUAACCAUGGUGACCCCACCGCCAGUGGGGGCAGGGUCAUUCGCAGGGGAGAUGGAGAGCUUUCCUAAGGGUAGGGAGGGACAGCAACACGAGCGGCCCGGCUUGCACCCCGCACCCAGGAAGGCCUCACUUGCCUCCUCCCCUCUGAUUGACGCUCCCAGUGGGAAGGCAGCGUUCAGCACACGCUUCUGCCAUUAUGAUCAUGUCCCUUGGAGACCGGGAGCUCCUCCAGGCCGUGCCGGCCUCGUCCGCCUUUCCCGUCCUGUGUCGGGGCCGGUGCACGGUGAGUGGGCACACAUGUCCCGCGGGUGGAUGCGCCACCUCGCCCCCUCCUCCGCCAUUUGGGACGGGGACCAGAGCGUGUCUCCGGGCACUCCCAGCCAGCAGGAGGCUUCAGGAGAGAAACGAGGGAGACGGGGACAUAGUCGGUCCUUUGAGGCUGAAAUCGGGCAGCGGGAGACGUGGAGGACCGUUGACUGUCAUUUGUUUGGACAGGCGAGGCUUCUGCCACUCUGUCUCGGCCACUCUGGGGGAGACAAAGGCGCUUCUGAUGGGAGGCUGCCCUCUCCCCAAGAAGGAGGGCGCGCCGGGGCGGCUGGAUGCGUUUGCUUCCAGAUGAAAUUAUGUGCUUGGGGUUUGAGUGGACUUAGGCCUCAUUCAUGCAUGUCUGUUUGCUCAGCCUGCCAGGCCCACGGACCUGGUCUCCCAGCCUCCUGGGGACAGAUUGGGGCCUUGCUGUUCUUCCAGGGAGUUAAGGAGCAUUGUCCUCCCCUGUGCUCUCUUUCUGCAGUAGGUACUGCUCAGGGCGCCCACCCCUGUGAAGCUGGGAGGGGGCAUGGCGCUGGAGCCACACAUAGCUCUUGGGUUUGCAUCCCAGCUGUGCUACCCUUUAGCUCUGUGACCCUGGACAUGUGACUUGACCUCUCUGUUUCCUCGUCUAUAUAGUGAGGCUCAUCUUGCUUGCCUACAAGGUCUUGGCAAGGUUCUAAUGCAUUUGUACCUGCUUCUCCUAGGACCCAGCAGUCCUACUCUCAGUUAUAUUCCCGAGUGCUCUGUCCACCAGAAGACAUGAGCAAGAAUGUUCAAAGCAGCCUCAGCAAUAGCCUAAAACUGGAAACAAGCCAAGUAUCCAGCAGUGGUAGAAUGGUAAACAAAUUAUAGCAUGACCACACGAGGGAAUAGUAUACAGCAAUGAAAAAUGAUAAAUACUACAGAUGAAUAUCACAGAUGUUGUGUUGCACAAAAUAAACCAGACACAGAGGGGUCCGUACUGCACGAUUCCGUUUAUAUGAUGUUCAAGGGCAGAUAAAACUGGCCUGUAGCAAUAGAGGUCAUAAGAGUGGUGACUUCUGGGGGACACUGACCAGGAAGGGGCACGAGGGAGCCUUCUGGGUGUGGGGUCAUGAUCCCAUGAGUGUGUUCAUACCUGAAUAUUCAUCAGGCUCGUGCACGCCAUCAGUGCACGGGACCGGAUGGAAGGACACCUCAGACCCUCCUGUCCCCCAGAGGGAAGGGUCCUGCAGCCAUGACUGUUCUGUAGAUGCUCAUUGGAAGGAGUCCCAGGGCACACCCCCGGGUCUUUGCUGCCUGGUGUGAGAACCUGCUGACAAAGGGUCUGCAGCAGCCAUGUUGUGCUUGCUGUGGCCGCUGGGCCUUGCGGGUCCUUGCGGGUCCUCGCGGGUCCUCAUCGUCCUCAGAGUGUGCCGUGCCUGGUGUGGGGGCACAGUUGCUGCGGGCCGGGACCCCCUUUGUUUUUGCCUAUGGCUGGCAUAUUUGGACUGUGAGAAAACACUGUGGCCCUGGGAGCAUUUACUUAACCCUGAAGUCCUAGUCCCAUGGUUGGAGGAGACAGACAGACAGACUUGCCCUGGAAAUCCCCUGGCUGCACCUCUGUGGGCCUCAGUUUCCACUUCUGCAAGCAUGAUGCUACCCAAGAGACAGCCUGUGUGAUGUGCCGGCCCUUUCUUGCUCCAGUGCCCCUUCUCCAUAGGACCCACCUUCUCGGCCUCUCUGCGCCCUGGCCCUUCUCUGCUUGGUUUCCUCUGCAGACUUGGUCACAGCGUAAAGUUCAUUUAUUCACUCAUUGCUUCCUUGGCAGCUUCCCGAAGGCAGGGACUUUUGUCUGUUUUGUUCACUGCUGUAUCCCCAGCCCUUGGCACAUAGUGGGCACUUCAUAAAUUGUUGUUGGCUUGGCAUGGACCUGUUAGCGGCCGUUAGAAGGUUCUCAAUCUUUUCAUGCCCAAGGCUUUCUUUGGGGUAGAAUUGAGUCCAGAGAACUUCAAUAAACUCACCCAGGGAUGGUGGGAGCUGUGUGCCGAGUUGUUCAGUGUAAGAUUCAACUUUUUUUUAAAGCCGGAAGUCACUGACAGAGGAAAGGCCCGCUUUGCAGAGGUGGAAACUGAGGCCCAGAAAGGUGCCGGGGACCUGCCUUCUAGGGCAGCUUUGGUAGUGAAGGAGGGCGAGGGGACCUCUGUGCCUUCCCCUUGGCGUUGACUGUGGACCGUGGCACGGUGGGUCGAGACUGCCUGCCCCUCUGACUUCCAGCUGGUUCUCCUCCAAUGCUCCGGCCACAUGCCUGCCCUCUGCCCCCUGGAAGCGGGGACGUCAGGAGGGAGCUAUGCUCCCAUCCUCAGGUGCAAGGCUGGCUGCUCGAUGAAAGCCCUGCAGUCUGUGGGCCGCAUGUCUCCCGUCUCGGCUUGGCAGGGGCCCAGAGCAAGGGCACCAGGCCUUGGGAGUGAGUCACUCUUUCUCCCUGCCAGGCGGGAGCUCCAGGGGACAGGGGAGUGACCCCACAGGGUGCAGGCCACGUGGGGGGAGGCCCAGGCAUGGCCCUCAGCUUGCUGGGGGACGAGGGAGGAGAGUGGAAACUUUGACAUUUGUUUCUUACUUUCAAGCCAGUUAGUGAGGAUCAACCUCACAGAUCAACAACAGCCCUAAACCUUGGCUCUUUCUAUUUGAGAAACCACAAAGGAAAGGAGGACUGGAUUUGGCUACAUAAAAAAAAAAAAAAAAAAAAAAAAAAAAAAAGGCACCCUUGAGCAUGGAAAAACAGACCGACAAAUCAGCCUUACCGUAAACCGAUGUGAAAGGCAAAUGAUCAGCUGGGAAAAUGCAGUUCCAGCAUAUUUGACAAAUAAAGAGUUAAAUAACCUUAA